CAAAAACCACAAAAGCGCCAGCGCCAAUCAGUUGUCGUAUUAAACGCGAGCACAUUGUCGUUGUUUACCGCCCAAGCAACCGAACCGAAAUAACAGUUAACCCCAAGUUAUAUAAAUCAAAACACAAAAAAAGGAUUCAUUAACCAUGGCUCGUGGUAAUUAUUCGCACACCGCCGCCAUCAAGGUGGCAACGCUCGGUUUGUUCGUCGCCUGCCUGUUGCACGCUUCGUCGGCGCAAUUGUCCUACCACACGGAUUCUAAUUCGAAUUCAUUCACCCUGAAGACACCGGCGCUGCAGCAGAGCUUCUCGCGCGUGUUUGGUGGUCAACAGCAACAACAACAACGCCAGCAGGCAUCACCUUUUGCCCAACAACUGCAGCAAUUCGGCGCCCAGCCACUGUCACAGCCACAAUUGCAACAACAACAGUAUGCGCAACCACAACAACGAUUACAACAAUACGCGCAACCACAACAACAACAAUAUGUGCAGCCACAACAACAGCAUUACGCUCAACCACAACAAUAUUCCCAAGCACAGUACUCGAACGCCGCUGAGGCGCAAUCGCCCUACCAACAACAACAAGCGCUGCAAUAUGCCCAGCAAUCAUACCCCUACGCCCAGCAGUACGCUACACCAGCCACGCCCACUUACGCUGGCCAGCAAGUCGCACAGGAUCAUUAUGCACAGACGUUGCAACAAAUCCAACAGCAACAACAAUUACAAGAGCAACUGUUGCAGCAGCAGCAACAGCAACAACAAUACGCGACAGCGUCGCCGAAGUCCGCGCAGCCACAGCAAGUCGAUCAGCUGCAAGCAGCCUAUCUUGCCUACCAACAACAACAGCAGCAACAACAAUUGCAACAGCAACAACAAUUACAACAGCAGCAACAACAACAACAACAGCAAUAUGUGAGCCAACAGGACUACCAGCAACAACUGUUGCGUCAACUCUACCAAGAACAUCGCCCAACCGCAGCCGCCUUCAACGCGGGCUCCAGCCAUCAAACCAGCCCGAUCUACACCAGCACCGAUUACGCCAACUACAUGCAACGCCAACAACAAUUGGCUGAACGUCAGUACGCCGCUGCGCCCACAGCCGCCACUUAUGCCUCGAAUAACGGCUUACGCGGCACAUCGCCCAUACCACCGACGGUCGGUGCCGGCAGCUCCACCACCACCACCACCACCGAGAAGCUCUUGGGCGUGCAAUAUUCGCCGUCCGACAAAGUGUCGCACGUCAAAUUCUCCAGCGGCAAUCUGCAGUACAACUUCUAAGUUGUUGCAUGGCAUGCUCAACGACUGAGCUCGUGAACCGCGGUGUAUGAGUUGAGGUAGCGACUUUUCGGCAAUUAUGUUCCUCGAAAUUUUUUUUCGGUUUUUGGUGGAAAAUUAAAUCGUAAGAAACGCACAAAGGCUACAGUGUAGUCUCACUGCACUUCGUACACUUUGCGAGCUAAAAAAAAAAUAUGAAAUUGAGUGCCUUUUCGAAACAUUAAAUUUUUAUUUAUAGCAACAGUCAUCUAAAUUUAAGUUCCCUUCUUUAUUUAAUUUAUGCAGCUAGUGAAAAUUCUAAAAAUUGUUCGAUUAGAUAUACACUGACUGUUGAACAAAUUCCUCGAAUAAAAUAACAUAUGAAUAUGUA